AUGAGGGACUUUCAUCAAAAUGCCAAGUUAGUUAGAGGGUUAAACAGUUCCUUCAUAGCUUUAAUCCCAAAAAAUGAGAACCCAGCUAGCCUAAAUGAAUAUAGGCCCAUCAGCUUAGUGGGGUCCAUGUACAAGAUAUUGGCCAAGGUACUAUCAAAUAGGUUGAAGCAGGUGCUGCCUCGGAUCAUAAGUGAAACUCAAUCGGCUUUUUUGAGGGGCAGAAACAUUUUAGAUGGCAUACUGAUUGCUAAUGAGAUAGUAGAUGGGUGGAAGAAGGCAAGAGGAUGUGGAGUUGUGCUUAAACUCGAUUUUCAUAAAGCUUAUGAUUCUGUCAAUUGGGAAUUUUUGUUUUCUAUGUUAGUUAAAUUUGGUUUUGGAACUAAAUGGGUGAGGUGGAUGAAGGUAUGUGUUACUUCUGUAAGAUCUUCAGUGUUGGUUAAUGGGUCUCCAACUACUGAAUUUAGUCCACAGAAGGGACUUCGUCAGGGAGAUCCACUGUCACCUUUUCUGCUCAUUAUUGUGGCUGAGGCACUUAAUAUCUUAAUGGGUAGAGCAAAAGAUUUGGGACUGAUUACAGGGGCAUCUAUUGGGCCUAGUAGUCUGCGGAUUACGCAUCUACAAUUUGCGGAUGAUACCAUUUUGUUCUGUGAAGCUGAUUGGGGGGAAAUAGUAAAUAUAAAACGAAUCCUCAGGUGCUUUGAAGUUUUGUCAGGACUUAGAAUUAAUUUUAACAAAAGCGUGGUCUGUGGGGUGGGGAUUCCAGAGGAGUUGGGUCAGGAUUUUGCAAGUAGGUUGAAUUGUAAAUUUCAAAAAUUGCCCAUCAAAUACUUGGGGUUGCCAUUAGGGGCCAGCCCAAGUAGUAGCAGAACUUGGCUGCCAGUGAUUGAGAAAUGUAAGCAAAGACUUGCUUCUUGGAAGAGAAGAUAUCUAUCCUUCGCCGGUCGGCUGACCUUGAUUAAGUCUGUCCUUGCUAGCCUACCUAUUUUUUAUCUCUCAAUAUUUAAGAUGCCCGAGAUGGUAGCAAAAAAGAUGGAAAGUAUUCAAUCUGCUUUUCUUUGGGGUGGCUCAGAUUUGAGGAGGAAAGUGCACUUGGUGAAAUGGGAGGAUGUUUCUAAAAGUAAAAACUUAGGAGGGUUGGGUGUUAAGAGAAUUAGAAUCAUGAAUGUAUGCCUUUUACUGAAGUGGUGGUGGAGGUUUGGUGCUGAAGAGAACUCUCUUUGGAAGGAUGUUAUAUGUCGAAAGUACAGGGAGACAGGUUGGUAUCCCUCCACCGAGAGGACUAGUAGGUUGUCUAAAACUUGGGCUGAUAUUAUUUACACUGUGGCUUCUAGGGCAGAUCUGAUGCAAUUUUUUAGGAGUAAUGCUGUGGUCAAGCUUGGGGAUGGUAGAAGAAUUAGAUUUUGGUCUGAUUGCUGGAUAGAGGGUGUAUGUCUUAGAGAUGAGUUUCCUAGACUAUAUUCUCUAUCAGUUGAUAAAGAAGAGUCUGUAUUCAUGUUUCACAGCAAUAGAGAUGUAUAUGGGAAUUGGGUGUUUAAUUUUAGGAGGUCUCUUUUUGCUUGGGAGGAAGCAGAAUUGAGUAGAUUACUAGUACUUCUGAGUAGGCCUCCUUUGCUUAGAGCUAAUGUGGCAGAUUGUUUGACUUGGAAUGCAAAUACAGCUGGUUGUUUUAGUGUCUCAUCUGUUUAUCAGUGGUUUGAAUUGGGAUUUGGGGCUAAUAGUUUGAUCUAUACAGUUUUGUGGAAAGCUCCAGCUCCACCAAGAGCACAAUUCUUUGGUUGGUUGGUGUGGAAGGGUAGAAUCAAGUCUGCUAGUUAUUUGCGCAGAAUUGGUAUCCUAAAUGCCAAUGUUGAUGUUUGUUAUGUGUUUUGCAAAGAAGAGGAGGAAACUAUUAACCAUGUGUUACUUCACUGCCCUCGUGUGUGGCUGAUCUGGUCUUAUUUUGUCAGAAGGUGGGGGUGGCAAUGGGCUUCACCAGGUUCUGUUCAAAGUGUGAUUCAGUGGUGGUCGGGUUGUAGCAUGACGAAACUGGAAAAGAAGCUGUGGAGUGUAAUUCCAUAUGCUAUUUUCUGGUCCAUAUGGAAACAGAGGAAUGACUCGGUGUUCAAUGGGGUGGAGCCUAAUUUUCUAGCUUUGUGUGAAUCUAUUGAGGUUCGAAUUGCUUUGUGGAUUAAGUCUUAUGUCCCAGCUCUGAACUUCACUGUCAAUGACCUACUCUGGUGGGGUAAAGCAGAGGAGGUUUCAAUUGCCGGUGUGAUGAAAUGGUCUGUACUGGUUGAUCUGUGUGGGAGAAAGAAUAGUAUGUUAUGCUCUGAAUGCAGUAUGGCUGGAGUGCAGUUGGAGUUUUUGCUUCUGAUGGAAAGUGCCUUCUGGGGAUGUGCUGUGGUGAUAUAUUGGUGUUUUGAAUUUUGGUAUGCUAUGGAUGAAUUUUGGUCUGCUAUAGUUGGAAGGCUGAAGGCAAAAGGUUCAUGGGCUGUGUUGUUUGGGAAGCCUAUCUCUGUUAUGGGGCUCAUCAGUUUCAGUGUUCUGGUUUUUGGGCUACUGUAUGGUUGUUAUUAUCAGUUUGCCUUCUUAGCUCCCAGGUUGACUCUUGCUGGAAUUUUGCAGUUUAAUUCUAUUUCUGGGUUGGACUGUGCUGAGGAGGAAGAUUCAAAAUUGGUCUGCUGUUGGUAG